AUGGAGCUGGUAACUGGGGCAGGAGUGCUCCUUCUUCUUUUUCUGCUCACAGCCUUGUCCUUCAAACUUCACAAAGCUAGAGGCCAGCUACCGCCAGGACCCACUCCCUGGCUCUUUCUGGGAAACCUCCUGCAGAAAGAGGUCCUGCCUCUACACAAAACCUACCCCAAGGUAAGUGCCCUCUCUUGCAAGGCUGCCACUGGAAUUAAAAAGGCAGAGAAUAAGAAAUGGCUCAAGAAGCAAAGGCAGAAAUAAAGGCAGGAGGUGAAUGCAUAUGUGAGAUUUCCAGGAAUACCAAUCCUCUUGUGCCACCACCUAAUCCAAAUGCUCCUUGGUUCUAUUCUCAUAACUACCCCAUAAUUUGGGAAGCAUUUUCAAGAUCCAUUAAGAUCGGGUGGGUGAGAUUUAUUUCACUUUAACUCAUCCAGCUGGCAUGAUUGAAGUUCUCUCCCCUGCCACCUUCCUUUGAUUGCAUUUGGAAGCGUGUAUUUAACUCCCCCCCCUUUAUUCUGCUCUUUGCUUCUACUCUCAAGGUAAAUUCAUUUAGCUCUCCUCACACCAUGACUCAUGGUGUUCCAAUUGCCUUGUGAUCUUUCCACUCAAAGCAACCUUGGCUUGAAAGAUCCAUGAUCUGAGGAGUCCAGAUGUGUGUGUUUUCCCCUUUAAAGCAGCAGAGUGGGGGCAGGGAGGGUACAUUGUUUAGCAAAGAGAGGGUCACAUGCUCAAUCCCUGGAGAGCACCUGGAGAGCUGCUGCCAGUCAGUGUAGGCCUUACUGGAGUAAAUGGGCCAAUGGUCUGACUCUGCAUGAGGCAAAUUGCUGCAUUCCUAUGUUCAGAACCACCCAUGCUCUCUCUUUAAUGCUAGCAUUUUGGCAACACUUCAAGGUUUCCCUGCAUUUUGAAGAAGUGAUUGAAUUGACCUCAGCACGCUAAAUGUGAAGUGAAGUAUUAAUGUGCUUUGGGCGAUAGCUGUGAAUCAGAGGUGAAGUUCUAAUGUGAAUGCAAUCUCAGUCUUACACUAGGCCGUUUCCUUUAUUUGAGGUGAACUUAUCAUGUUCUCCCCAAUGCUAGAACUGAGAUAAGUAUAGCUGCAGAGCCCAUUCAAGGUACUUACGUAGGACAGGUGAGGAUCUCUCCCCCCCCCCAUGCACACAUUCUUUGAACUCCAUUUUUUAAAAAAACAAAAAUAAAGGAUGAUCAAUGCAACUGAUCUGCAGUAAGCAAUGGUAUGGUGUGGGCAGCAAAUUGGAGCAGAUUUCCAAGAAUGAUAUCUUACAGCUCAAUGACUCGUGCUUUUCUUGGAUUCUGUCCUCAGCUUUUUGAGAAGUAUGGCUCAGUCUUCACCAUCUGGCUGGGGCCAAAGCCUGUGGUUGUACUUUGUGGAUAUGAUGCGGUCAAAGGUGCAUUGGUGGAUCACGCUGAAGCAUUUGGUGGGCGGCCACCCAUAGCUCUCAUUGAAAAAGUGACUGAUGGUUACGGUGGGUGCUCUUAACUAUCUUAUCUUCCCCUUAAUUUGAGAUGCAGUUGCCAAGAGUCAUGGCAAUCUUUCCCAGGAAUUGAUGGCUGUCAAUCUUCUUACAAAUCUUGGGGACAACAAGCCAUGUAAAUCCUUUGGGAGAAGAUCCUUGCCUCUGGACAAAACAUGCUGCAGACUUCAGUGUCGUCUGGUUAAACAUAAAUGCAACAGUGCCAAUUGUAUUUUUCAGGGCUCAUCAGCUCAGACAAUGCAAAAUGGAGGGAACUGCGCCGCUUCACUCUCUCCACACUGAGGAACUUUGGCAUGGGGAGGAAACCGAUGGCUGAGCGGAUGCAAGAGGAGGCAAACUGCUUGGUGGAAGUGCUGGCAGCCCAACAAGGUUCUCUAGGCACCUUCCUGGUCUAGUACACAGAUGGGGAACCUGCGGCAUUCCACAUAUUGUUGGACCCCAGCUCCCUUCAGCCACGGUCAGCAUAACCAAUGGCCAGGGUUAAUGGAAGCAGGGGUUCAAAAUAUUUGGAACAUGCUAGAUUCCCAUUCCUGGUAUAGGGAACACAGAGCAGCCCUUCCUUUAGGGCGGGAACAGUGUUAAAGAGGAAGUAAAGAAGAGUAUGCUGGGGCAUAUAGACAUGUGACCAGGAUCAGCAGAAUGCUGUGGACGUAGUGUAUCUUGAUUUCAGUAAAGCUUUUGACAAAGCCCCCCAUGAUGAGAUAACUGUUAUGGAUGAGAUAACUCUUAUGUGCAUUUAUAGCUGGUUGACUGAAGAGUGCUCACUAAUGGUUUCUCAUCAUCCUGGAAAAAAGUUGUAGUAGUAGGAGGAGGAGGAGGAGAAGUAGGAGUAUCCAAGUCACCUUCAAAGAUAGCCCCACAUAGAGUGCAUUGCAGUAGUCUAAGUGGGAGAUAACCAACACAUGUAUCACUCUGGUGAGACAGUGCGCAGGCAGGUAGGGUCUCAGCCAGCGUACCAGAUGGAGCUGGUAGACAGCCGCCCCGAACACAGAAUUGACCUGUGACUCCAUGGACAGCUGUGAGUCCAAAAUGACUCCCAGGCUGUGCACCUGGUCCUUUAGGGGCACAGUUAUGCCAUUCAGGACCAGGGAAUCCCCCACACCUGCCUGCCCUCUGUCCCCCAGAAACAAUACUUCUGUCUCAGGAUUCAACCUCAAUCUGUUAGCUGCCAUCCAUCCUCCAACCACCUACAGACACUCACACAAGGACAUUCACCACCCUCACUGGUUCCAAUUUAAAUGAGAGAUAGAGCUGGAUAUCAUCCGCAUACUGGUGAACACCCAGUCCAAACCCCCUGAUGAUCUCUCCCAGUGACUUCAUAUAGUUGUUGAAAAGCAUGGGGGAGAGGAUAGAACUCUGAGGCAUCCCACAAAUGAGAGCCCAGGGGUCUGAACACUCAUCCCCCAACAGCACGUUUUGGACACGGCCCAGAAGUGGGGUGCCCCAGGGUUCUGUCCUGGGCCCGUUGUUGUUCAGCAUCUUUAUAAAUGACUUGGAUGAAGGUAUUGAGGGAAUGCUAAUCAAAUUUGCAGAUGAUAUCAAACUGGGAGGGGUAGCUAACGCUGCAGAAGACAGAAUUGGGAUUCAAAAUGGCCUUAACAGAUUGGAGACCUGGGCCCAAACUAAUACAAUGAAAUUCAAUGCAAGAUUCUACACUUUGGCAUGAAGAACCCAUUUCCCUGCUCAUAACACAUGCAUUGGCAUGUAUCUCUAAUGUGUUGGAAGUACAUUUCUCAUAGGUUAAUGACUGGCUGGAUUGUGGUAGUGAAUUCUGGCAUUCAUUUCACUUUUUGUCCUUGCCAAUAUCUUAGGUGUGUAUGUCUGUGGAGGCAUUAAGGCAGUGAUCCUAUGGCCAUUUACCUGGGAGUAAGCCCCACUGAACACAGUGACUAACACAUCUCUCUUUUGGUAGCUUUCUUUAGGGAGCAAAAUUGCUUGCUCCCAUGCUUUUCAUAAUGCUUGUUUUAAUCAGCCUCUUCAUGUUACAAUUUUUUCAGAAAUGUGUCUUCCUAGAGCUGCUGUAUUUUCCAUAUAAAUUCUGUGUGGAAAAAUUGAUUUCAUGAUGAAUUCAGAUGAAAUUCACUUCUUCUUUUUAAACAAGUUCAUCACUUUGGCACAUCACCUUCACUUAUUUGAAUGUGCCAACCUUGAGCUUUAAUUUCAGAACACACAGAGAUAAAAGAUCCAAGUUCCAAACUAUCACUCACCGAGAAAGUUCACAAAGCCUUGACGGAUGAAGGGCAGAGGAUACAAAGGCCAGUCACAUUUUUAACCCUCUCUUUGUGGUUGUAGGGCAGGCCUUUGAUGCAUUGCCAGACAUCGCAACUGCUGUUUCUAAUGUCCUCUGCUCUGUUAUCUUUGGGACCCGAUUCAGCUAUGAAGACCCCCAAUUAAAGGAGCUCAUGGAUGUGAUCAAGAAAUAUGUGAGCCUCUUUUUCCAUGUCUCUGGAACGGUACGUCACCCUCAUGCACUAGGAAAACUGGGCACUUCUCCCAGUCAUUGAAAGUGUUCAUUUAUGCAGAAUGCUCCUUUUAUGAGCAAACAUUCUUCUGCAUUCCGAAGGAGAACAACCUGGACAUAGGUUUUCCAUGUUAGUGAGAACAAGGGUUGCCACCUAUCCUGUAUAAUACAGGAUAGUCCUGUCAGCGGUGUAGCUAGCUGCUUGGCUGCCCGGUGCAGCGUGCAUGUACUGCAGCUGGGGGCAGGGUGCAAGGCGGGGGACACUGCAGCGUGGGUGCGAGGUGAGCCAAGGCAGGGAGCGCUGCAUGGAGCCUCUCCGCAGCCUCCCCCUCAGCUGUAGGGCGGCUGAGGUGGUGGGCAGACACAAGUCUCAUGCUGCUCAAAAAAGCAGCAUGGAGCUUGCAGGCAGUCAGCCCGCCGCCUCCUCCUCAAGAGAGACACAUGGCUCAGGCACGCUGCAGUGUCCCCCGCUUCGCCUAGCUAUCAGUGGCGUGGGAAGGGAGCUGUGGUGGGUGCGGGAGUUAUUUUUUCCAAAAAAAAGAAAAGUGUUGUGAGCCCAAUUUUUAUUUAUUUAUUUUAAAAACACAAAUUUUGCCAUUUUGUCACACACACCCCUUAGUGAUGACACUCAGGGCAGUCCGCACCCACCACAAACCCUACACCACUGAGUCCUAUAGUUCAAUGUAAAAUGCUGUGUCCUAUAUUGAUUCAAUGCAGAAUGCAAUUUGUCCUGUAUUUCAGGUCAACUCUCUUCCUCUCCCUCCCCCUCCCCCCCUGCCAAGUUAGGGAUCCUCUCCAAAUGCUUGUGUGUGAAAAGGGGUGUGAAAGGUUAUGUAUUUAAGUUCUGGGUAGCAAAGCACAGACAGAUUUACAAAUUUGUGUGUGUGCAUGUAUGUGUGUAUGUCAAAUUCCAGAGGGGCCAUUCUGUUAGACUGUAAUAGAUUGUAAUUGAUUCUUUUGAAGUCAUUUCAGCACCAGAUUUUAAAAAUAAAAAUCACCCCACCCCCCUUUGCCCUGCCCUGCCCUGCCCUGUAUUUUGCCAGAAAGAAUGUGGCAACCAUUCUCUAAUACAUGGGUGCAUAUAUUAACGUGUGAAUUGGGCCAAAGGUGGGAAAGUAAGCCACUGAAGAUGGGGGCAGGAGAGGGGGGAGGGAAUCACUGUCUCUAAUGCACUGCAUUGCCUUGUCCCAGGCAUACAAUGCUAUCCCAAGGAUUAUGGACUUCGUACCUGGACCACACAAGAAAUCCUUCACUGACUCUUCCAAGCUCUGCCAGUUUAUCCGAGAUAGCGUGGAAUCUCACAAAUUGAACCUGGAUCCACAAAAUCCUGGUGAUUUUAUUGACUGCUUCCUGCUCAGGUUGAAUAAGGUAGAUGAGAAGUUUGUUGGCGGGAGAGGAGCUAAGGGAAGUGGCUUGUUGCGUGUAACUACAAAACUUGUAUCUUUCCAGCCUGGGGAUUCCCGCCCCCACCCCCCACCCCAAAAGCUUAGGGCAGACUAUUUUGAUUGGAAAUUGGCUAUGCUCUCCAGAAAACUUUAUACAUAUGUGGUAUAUAUUGUCAUGUCUGCUACAAUUCUUUGCCUGUAAAUUCAGUAGUGAGUCCCUGUGAUCCAAAGUCACUCACCUGGGUGUGCAUCAACAUGUCCACCUUGCUUGGCGAUAGCCAGCAGCAUACAGAUCAGUCGGAGAUGCUUAUCAGGUAAUGGGGGAACAUGAAAAUUUUGAGGGCCCCUUGAAAUGGAAGGCAGUGAGUGGAAGACACCAAGUGCAUCAGUUUAGAGCUCCAAAGGAACCUAGAAAGCAGGGUCCAGAAGAAGAGAGGAGGAGGCUCUGGCUGAGAGGCGAGUAAGGCAGAUGGCCUUCCUUUGCACAGAGGGAAAUGCCGAGCCACAAAGGUUAUCUGUGGCAGGGUCCCACAGAGGAGUAGGUGGUGGAGGCAAGGGAGUAAGACACAUCAGAUAUUAGGAGUUUGCUUGUACAAAGGCCAUAGGAGAAGGAACUGGAUCUGCUUCACCUUCACCUCAGUCCCUUUUCUUUUCCAUUCAGCCAUGAACCUAAUCUGCUAUCUCUAUCCAGAUGGGUGGGACAGCCUCAGUAAGUUCCAUGGGACAUGGAAGUAUUGCAUAAGAUUGCCGCUUUUGGUGGCCCCUUCCUAUAGCUUGAUCUAGAAUAGGGUUAUCAGACGUCCCCGUUUCCCGGGGACAGUCCCUGGAUUUGCGAAUAAGUCCCUGGACAAAUUCCAUCCCUGGAAUGUCCCCAGAUUUCAUCUAAUGUCCCCGGGAAACACAGCAGCGGCAGUCUCAGCAGCCCGGAGCUGUUGGCUCUGGCUGGCUUCAGGAGCUGCUCAGAAGUCCCCAUAUGAUGGUGGGACAGGGGCUCCAAGAUGCAGCUUCCAGGCUGCCUCCCCCUUCCCUGACCCCAGCAACUAAGCUAUGAAGGGAGGCUUCAUGCUGCCUAUCUGAGCUUGCGUGCAAGCAGGAGGGGGCAGGGAUCUCUCAGUUAGGCAACAGGAAGCCUCCCUUCCCAGCUGAGGGAUCCCCACCACCUCCUGCUUGCACGCAAGUAGGAAUGGGAUUGGGGCUGCUCCAAUGGGAAGGGAGGCAUUGUGCUACCCGAGCCUCACCACCGCCACCGCUCUUGGCCCUCCUUCUCCGCCUUCCAUGCCUGACCCACCACUGAAGAACCAACAACUCAGGGGCUGACCAGGCUCAUGGAGAAAGCAGAUAGGAGCCUCAGAGGAAGGGGAAACGCGGCGGAUGAGGUCAAGGCAGUGGCCGCCCCUCUGCCACUGCCAUCGCUGCGGCAUCAACAUCCCAAACGUGUAGUAUUUAUUUAUUUAUUGUGUCCCCGGAUUCAUCGGAAAAAAUCUGGUAACCUUAAUCUAGAAUGGAGCUAAAGCCGAGAAAACCAUCUUGCCAGCUUACUGAUGCACAGCUGUCUGGUGUUGCACAAAUUCUGGUCCUUUAUUUUAAGAAGGUAUUUCCCUUCCACCUCUUCCCUUUCUUUCUGCAUUAAUUUACAGGAACAAAGCUCUGCUCAGAAUAUCUGUGUUGAAGACCUAGUGAUGACUGCGUUUGUCCUCUUUUCUGCUGGUAUAGAGACCUCAAGCAGUAGCAUCUUGUAUGGCCUCCUGUUGUUGGCAAAGUUCCCACACAUACAAGGUACAGAGUUUUAGCACCCCAACAGACCAAGCCUCUUGGGUGGGCCGGUCCUGUUCUGAGGCAAACAGGCCAAUAAAGCUGCUAUUCUCUCUAUACAGUAAUCUUUCACCCGCUCUAGAAUGAUUUCAUACAUUAUAUCUUCUUUCUUACAUAGAAACGUAAGGCUAUCAUCACACUCUGCAAUUCAAGUGGCUGCCAACAGGUGACCAAGCCAACUCUAGCACUAUGAACAGCAGGCAGGAGAGUGAGGAAGCAGCACUGGUGGCAGGGGGCCCAGGGGAGCUGUUUAAUAGAAAGGGAUGAGGCAUUUCACAGAGUGGUUUAGCAAGUUGCUCUACGAAGCAUUAACCCUCCAUUAAGCAUGGCUGCAAUGAGGUUUAACACAAGCAGAGAGGGACUUUCAUAGAGCAGUUUAGCAAACCACUCUGGGAAGCACCCCCAGAGAAGGUGAGUUGUAAAGGAAGUGGGUUGGCCAGCUGUGGGGAGAAGGUAGUUGGCAAAUGGGGAGGCAGAGCUGGCGGGUGGAGCAAGCAGGGACAGACCUCCUAAUUAUUCUUUUAAAGAUAGCUCAGACUUGAUGGAUUGAUUAUGGGAAACUGCUAGAGUAGUGGGCCUUGGACUUUUAGGAAUAAGAAACUAGGUGCAGAAUAAAGCUUAACAGAUGCAGAAUUUCAUGUUCAUGCUCCUGUUCUGGUUUUAGCAGGAGCAGGUUCCUUUUAUUGUUUCUAGAAUUCCACUGGUCCCUUCAGUCGAAUGCAAAUCCUUGGCAGUGCUAUUUUUCUAGAAAAAGAGGUACUGGAACUCACCAUGAAUGCCUCCCUUGUUCUCUUAUAAUGGCAAUAAUGCCCACCUGAGAGGUGCUGGAACUGAGUUCCGGUUGAAAAAAAAGCCCUCGUUCUGGGUCAGACAAACCUGUGAUUAACCCUAAGCAUUUUAGAUUACUGGCCUGGAUCAAGCAGUGGAUCUGUCAUGCAGCAAGUGACUGUGGAUCAUUGGGCCAUCACUUCAAACUGAUCUCUCAAAUAGGGUUGAAAUUGGAAAGCGAAAAUCGGCUGUAUAUCCUUGGUUCUACACACUGUAUGAUGCAGGCAGUCUGAGCCUGUAUUGUCAAUAUGGGGAAAUGGGUUCCAGAAUAACAUGCAAUAUUAUUAUUCAUUGCAAUACAAUAUCAUUCUUUGCAGCCAAAGUCCACCAAGAGAUUGAUGAGGUUGUUGGAGUCAACCGUGCUCCUGGCAUGGAGGACAGGGUGAAGAUGAACUACACCAAUGCAUUUACCCAUGAGGUGCUGCGUUAUCAGCUAGGGAGUGGUGAGGCUUUUCCACGUUUGACAACUCGGGAUGUGGAUUUCAAGGGCUACACCAUCCCUCAGGUGUGGCAAGUCAGAAAAUAAACAGGGUAUUUUGGUGAAGGGCAAAUGUAUUGUGCAAAGGAUGGUCAGAUAUGGCAAUUUCAGUUUUUUGUUUCUCAUUUCUCCAGUCAUAAAUUCUAGUUCUCCACUUUUCCACAUCACUUUGCAUGUUUUAAAAAGUAUUUAUGAAAUUUCAUUAGCAUUGCAGUGUGAAUUUCUCCUAAUAUAUACAUUUUAGCUUAUUACAACGCAGCUUGUAUGUUAUUUUCAUCAGUAUAUGAAUUUUAUGCACACUUUAUCUUAGUAUGUGUGUUUUUGUACACAUGGCCAGAGAACUGCACUGCUAAACUGGGAGAAGUACAGAUUUUGAAUUGUUGGUAAAACACUACACACACUUUCCCCCACACAUCUUGAUACAAUUGAUCGUAAAUCGCAUAAAGACAUGGGGUGGGGCUUAACAUAGUGCCAAGUGGGGUAUGCAUAUGGGGAAUGAGGCCUGCUUGGGCAGCAGAACUUCCUCACCUAUCCUCCCCACCGAUCCGUUCUUUAAACCUUGCAUUUUCCCCAACCCUCCAGAAGAGAUUUAGGGGGUGAAAGGCAUGUGGUGGGAGGAGAGUGGGGAGAGUCUUGUUGUGCCAGCGGACCUCAUUCCACGGACACAACUACUUAGUUGAAUCUAUCAGAACCACACUUUUCAAAACAACAUGAUAAUGGAAACAACAUGAAAAUGGAAAAUUCGAAUCAGUUUGAAUUUUAUGAUAUAGUCUCUCCAACAAAACUACGUUUACAGAAAUGCAUCAGUAAGGGGAAAUUUUGCAUAAAAAUGGGUAGAUCCAUGAAAAAGCAUUAAAAAAUGCAUUACUUUCGGGGUGGGGGGUUGCUUGUGAAAAUUGUGUACAUUUGUCAAUGCUGCAUACAAAUGUGUUUAUUAGGAAAUAUUUGCACUAAAAUGCUGAGGAAUUUUUAUAAGGAUUUAAGAAAAAAUGCUGCGGGGGGGGGGGGAAUGAGAAAUUGAAAUAAUUGAAACUGACAGAUCCAUCCACCCUUAGCUCCCACCAUCUUUCUGCUACUAUCCUUCUAUGAACCACCUCUUCCUCUGAGAAGAUUUAUUCCAUUCAACUCUCUGUCAAAGACAAGACUUCUUUAUUUGCUCUCUGUUAAAUUGAGCCGACAGUCUUGAUUAUGCAUCUUCUUAUCUCCCUAAAGGACACCCUUAUUAUUCCACUGCUCAUUUCUGUGCAUUUUGACCAAGCCUGCUGGGAGACUCCUGAAAAGUUUGACCCGGGUCACUUCUUGGAUGCAGAGGGUGAAUUCAGGAAGAAUGAUGCCUUUAUGCCUUUCUCUGCAGGUAACAGUAAGAGCUGUUCGCGGGGCUCGCAGCCGCAUUUAGGUACCUAAGAUCCUACAAAAGCCUGGAGCAGGACUGAGGGACCUCAGGAAGCUGAAUGUGGCCCUCCAGGCCUCUUUAUUUGGCCCUCAGGACUCUCCUCAAGCAAACACCCCCCUCCCCAGACCACACCCCUUUCUCCCAGGCUGCACCCACCACUACCCCUGCUCUAUGCCCACCCUGAGUGCUCUGGCUGACUGGAAUAUGUCCUUGAACUGUGACAGUGCUUCUUGCUUACCUGGCUGGCUGGCUGGCUGGCUGGCUGGCAAGGGGCAGGUGCAGAAAUAAUCCUCUGACUUGCAAGGCUGGAUAGAGCCUACUGUGCAAAAGGAUGCUCCAUUGCUCUACCCACUCUUGCCUCUGGUCCUGCCCACCCAGAUCAUGUGAAAAGGUUUCCCGCUCCUGGCAUAGAGAGUGCUUCAUUGCGGUGCCGGAUUAAACCCUGUGGAGGCCCCUAGGCGGUUGAAAUCUUGGGGCCUCCCUAGUGCACGCAGUCCCGUGAGAUAACAUUGAACUAAGAAAGCUCGACUGGAAUUUUCUUUCAAGAUCUAAUCAAUAUUAUUUUGGUCCGUUGUUGUGGGGUCCAUAAAAGGCAUGGGGCCCAUAGUUUGGUGCCUACUCUGCCAAUUUGGUAAUCUGGCAUUGCUUCUUGGAGUCUGGUCUUCUGCUAUCAUGGCUGCUGCUGAAAUUCCUGCUUCAUCCACAUGUGUUGGACUUGCUCCCUGCCAUUGCUAUUGACUGUCUUGUUUUUGAGAUUAACACCUCGAGGACAUGCAAAUCCACAUAUAAAAGUAGGUAAAAGGUAAAGGACCCCUGGGCGGUUAAGUCCAGUCAAAGGCUACUAUGGGGUUGUGGAACUCAUCUCGCUUUCAGGCCGAGGGAGCUGGUGUUUGUCCAUAGACAGCUUUUCCGGGUCAUGUGGCCAGCAUGACUAAACUGCUUCUGGUGCAACAGAACACCGUGAUGGAAACCAGAGCGCAUGGAAAUGCCAUUUACCUUCCCACCAGAGCAGUACCUAUUUAUCUACUUGCACUGGUGUGCUUUUGAACUGCUAGGUUGGCAGGAGCUGGGACAGAGCAACGGGAGCUCAGUCCGUUGUGGGGGUUCGAACCACUGACCUUCUGAUCAGGAAGCCCAAGAGGCUCAGUGGUUUAGACCACAGCACCAGCCACGUCUCAGCAUGUAAAAGUAGCAGCCAUGAACACUAUUGUGCAUUGGGAACAGGAGCUUCAGAUCUGAGCCUUGAAGCAGAAUGCUAUUUAUCUUGGUGUCAAACUAUAUAAAUAUGGUGGGAGGGAGAUAUCCAUGACUAAAUCUCUCAGAGUGGGGUGGGGCAAAGGUACAAGCAACCAUGGGAGUGAUGGAAGGAAUGUGCAUUGUCCUCUUGCAUUGGGAAAACAGCAUAGGGAGAUGGUUAACUUUGCAGUCCCAGUGUGAUUCACCUGUAUUCCCCAGAGUGGCUGUCUUUUACUUUUGCGGAGAAGGGAGCGCAGGUGAUAUGGUCACAUAUCACCUGAUAACACAUCUUUUUGGGCCAUAAGUCAGAAGUUCUCAACGCAUACUUGAUCUUAGUAAAUCUCCCCAAGUGCAUUUAAGGGUACACAAACAAUCCCUCUGGGACAAACCACAGCUCAUGGGGGUGGGGUGGGAGUUUUUAUAGUGCAAGAGUGGAUGGUUACCCCCCUCCCCAUGCUGCAGGUGCCCCCGUGCUGCUUCUAAAAGUGAAAAUUAUAAUAAUAUGCAACAGUUCUGCAACCAAACAAUGUUUACCAAAAAGCAUAUAUUGGAGGAAAGUGCGCCUAAAAAUGAAUAUAUUUGCAACUAUAACAUACAAAGAUGCAUUAUAGUAGGGAAAACUGAUUGCGAAAAUGUGAAUAUUAGUCAAAACUACAUAUAGAAAUUAGUUUAUUAGGGUAAAUUCUGCCUAAAAUGCUGAUGAGGUUUGACAAAUAUAUUUUUUAAUGACAAAUUGUAGCAAAAUAUGGGCAACUGAUUUUAAGAGUGGGAAAAUGAAAAAAUGAGAGGAUUGAAAUUGACAGAUCCUUCCACUCCUACUUCUUAGAGUGAUGAAAAUUGAAAUUUAAUCCUGUUGCCUAGGCUGCUCAGUGAAAUGUUGAUCUAAAUAGGCAGAGGAAUAACAGAGCUCUUACAGAUGGUAACCUUUAUAGUCUAACAUACAUUUAAUGGUUAAUGAAAUACCUCUGCAUUCAUAUUGUGGGGCUAUCACAUUCUCUUGCUUCUGGGAAAAUGUCUCUACACACACAUAAUAAUUUGAGGUGACUCCUCAGGAGUCAAGUGUUUACUGGGUACCAUAAAUGUCUCAGGUGAUGAACUAGUUCUCUUUCCCUUUCCGUCUUCUAGGGAAGAGGGCCUGCCCAGGAGAGGGUCUGGCCAAGAUGGAGCUUUUCCUCUUCAUUGCCACCCUGCUCCAGAACUUCACCUUUCAACUGGUUGCAAACCCCAAUGAGAUGAACAUGGAUACCCUGUUUCCUGCUUGCAGAGAAGAGAGGAAGCACCGCCUGUUACGAGCCAUCAGACGUAAAAAUGUGAAAUGAGAAGGAAAUUCAUGAUUCCAGAAAUACUCAGAGAUCCAGAACAAUGUCUCUCUGUCUCUGUGCGUCUAUUUGUUUCUCUGUCCAAAAGCUUCAGGCCUGUGCCAGAGUAGAAAAGUGGAGGAUGUGGAAUUUGCUGAGAGUCACCAAGUGUGACACACGGCAUUAUGGUUAUUCUAAACUUGAGGUUCUGAUGUCACAUAGCUCCCGCUGAGAGUCCUAUCACUCUUCCCUUGCCUCUAGUGGACCAUUCCAAAACCACAACCCUGACAAUGCAUUUGGAAUAUACAGUAGGCUUCAUACAAGAACCCAUGCCUAAUUUUCUUUGCUGCCUCUCUCAAAUGUAACCAUAGAGCAGCUUCUGGCUAGCCGUUACCUGUGAGCAAAUAAAUGCUUUAUACUGAGUUAACAAA